AUGCUGUACUUUCUGCAACAAAUACUACACGACCAAGAUGACCCCAUUCGACUAGACAUCCGGCUCUCCGCAAGGCUGCUUAUCGAAACGCUUGUAGCUACCUUUCGCGAGCGUAGACGUCGAUUAACUAAGAAGAGAGCCGGCAAGCUGUCGAAACGAUGCAACCAUGGUACAUGUACCUGUGAUUCGAAACUUCCGGCUGUCGAAGAGAAGCCUGAGAUUCUGAUAACACUUUAA